AUGAUCAAGGCCGUGUUCAAGUUCACCCUCCUGCUCUCUUUACUCGUGCAAGCGUCCCCCAUCCUUGAGGGGAGGGAGCCAGAGGAGCUCAACGAGAGGGAGCUCAAUGAGAGGGAGCUGAAAGAGUUUCAGGAGCGCGCACCCCUUGCUACCAUAUACAGCAGCUGCAAGAAUAAUAAGCAGGUCGCGCUUACGUUCGACGAUGGGCCAUAUAUCUAUGAGCACGGUAUCGUCGACUUGUUGAGUGCUGCUGGCGCAAAGGGCACUUUCUUCGUCAACGGAAACAAUUAUGAAUGCAUAUACAGCGCGGAUUCACGAGCUCGAGUGAAAUAUGCCUAUUCCAAGGGACACAUGAUCGGCUCACACACGUGGGCGCACUUGUCACUCCCUAGCUUGUCCUUCAGCAAGUUAACUUCUGAGAUGGCCAGAGUUGACCUUGCUCUUCAACGAAUUAUCGGCGUCACUCCCGCCUUUAUGAGACCUCCGUACGGUGACGUCAAUAAUCUCGUUCGUCAAGUUGCUCGACAGAGAAAUGAAAGUGUGGUAUUGUGGGACCUUGAUAGCGGAGACUCUCUUGGCGCUACUGUGCAACAGUCGAAGAACACCUAUCUGGGCGCUCUCGCCAGCCAUCCGAAGAACUUGCUGCCGUUGAACCAUGAGACGCUUCCCGGUACCGCUCAUCAAUUGGUGCCUUGGUUGAUCAAGUUGUUGCAGUCUAGGGGUAUAAACUCGUCACGGUGGCUCAAUGUUUGA